AUAUUUGGUUGUAUGUAUGUUACCAUUGCAUAAUGUUUUCUUGUACAAAAGUUAAAAAAAUAAACGUCAACCGUCAAAAUCGUUCAAAUAAUAAAUACAUUGACAUUUGUUUAAAUUUAAUUUGCAAAAUCAGGCUUCCAAGGGUUAAAUUACUGUAUGCUUCGACCGAUUAUACGUCAAUACUCGUCUCUUACCUCUCUGUUUCUUUGCUUGAAAACAAAUAUUCGAACGAUAACGGGUCUGUCCAAUAUACAUAUGAUUUCAGCCGAAAAACCUUUGCGAAAGACUAGAAGAAAGCGAAGAAAUAUAAACGUAUUUAUUGCAAAAAUAAUCGGCAAACUUCAGAUUUAUUCGAAGUCUAGGGUUUUGUCUAUCACUGGCGAGGAAAAGAAUCUAGAAAACCCCAUAAAAAUCUGUAAAGGUGGCACCACUGUAAUUGAAUGUUGGCGUCAGCCUUGCUUGGAGUUAGCAACUGGCAGUUUAUGUAUUCAAAAGUUGUUUCUUAAUGUAAAUGAAGAACCAUCAAUGUAUUGAUUAUGAGAAUGACUGCGGAGAGUGAAACUGAUUGCAAUAUUUCCACCGAAAACAUGGACAUUGACGAAGAAAGUGAUGGAAUGGAUACUGAUGAAGAAGGUGGAUUAAAAGUUGAUGAUGAUAUAUAUAUACCACCACCUCUUAAAAUCACAAGUGAAAUUGAUAUCAAUGGCCCUAGGCUUAUGAUUACUAAGAUAAUUAAUAAGAAUUUUAAAAGUUACCGUGGUACCCAAGUUAUUGGCCCAUUUCAUAGGUGCUUUUCUGCUGUUGUUGGUCCAAAUGGCAGCGGUAAAAGUAAUGUUAUAGAUUCCAUGUUAUUUGUAUUUGGAUACAGGGCUAGUAAGAUUCGAUCAAAAAAAUUAUCAGCGUUAAUACACAAUUCCAGUCAACAUCAGAAUAUCGAUAGCUGUACAGUAUCUGUACACUUUCAACAAAUAAUUGAUAAAUCCGACGUAGAUUAUGAUAUUGUCCCAAAUAGUGACUUUGUAAUAUCUCGAACAGCAUUUAAAGAUAAUUCCUCAUAUUAUGAACUUAAUGAAAAGAAAGUACCAAUUAAAGAGAUUGUAAAAGUUUUGAAAUCAUAUGGAGUGGAUUUAACUCAUAAUCGUUUUUUAAUUUUACAAGGAGAAGUUGAACAAAUAGCGAUGAUGAAACCUAAAGCACAAAACGAAAAUGAUGUUGGUAUGCUGGAAUUUUUAGAAGAUAUAAUUGGAACAGUUCGUUAUAAAGAACCAUUAGAAAAAUUAUAUGACAAAGUAGAAGAUCUAUCUAACUGUAGACUUGAGAAAUUAAAUCGUUUUAGAAUGAUUGAGAAAGAAAAAGCAGCUUUAGAGGAACCUAUGCAAGAAGCAGUUCAAUAUUUACAACUAGAAAAUGCAAUAACAAAGAUACAACAUCAGCUUUAUUACUAUAAUAGAUUAGAAACUAAAACAAAAAUGUCAGAGCAAGAAAGUAGAAUCAAUGAAUUGGAUAAAGAUUUAUUGGAUCUUACAAACAAAUUGAAGGAAAUUCAUAAUGAGAGAAAAGAGAAAAAUGAAGUAAUUCUGGAAAAAAGUAAAAAGUGGGAUAAAUUACAACAACAAAAAGAUGAAAUUACUAUAAAAUUUGACAAUAUUCGAAAACAGGAUGAGUCUCUCCAUGCAGAAUUAGUGGAAACAAAUAAACGUCGAAAAGCUAAUAUUGCAACAUUAAAAUCAGAAAAAUCUAAGUUAGAAGAACUGAGUAAAGUACCUGGAAAAAACAUACUUAAUAUUAAUGAGUGUGAACAACUAAUCGAAACUCAUACACAACAUAGAGUAAAAGAAGAAGAAAUAUUAGAAACUCUGAUGGUUGGUUUACGUGAAAAAACUGAGCCACUGCUGAAUGAACGUUCUAAACUUGAAAAGGAAUUAAUAUCUCUAAGGAAAAACGUUGAUCAAGCACAAGCAACUUUCAAUAUUGCUCAGUCUGAAUUAGAAUUGUACACUUCUAUAGAGUUUACGGAGAAAGAAAAAUUAGAAGAACUAAAAAAUUCCUUAAAAUUAACAGCAGAUAAUUUAAUAGAGAAGAAACAGCAGCUGCAGAGCGUAGAAAUUCAAAUUCCAGAUAUUGAACAUAACUUAGUACAAGCUCAACAGGAAUUGGAAAAAGUCAAAAGCAGAGAAAUUGAAAUGACUUCAAAAUUAAGAAGUAUGAGAAUUUCAUUUGAAGAACAAAAGUCUGCUAUGCGAGCAAAUAAAUCAACAAAUAAGAUUAUAGAUAGAUUGAUGCAAGAGAAAAUGGAAGGAAGACUUACUGGUAUAUUUGGCAGGUUGGGUGAUAUUGGUGCAAUAGAUGAAAAAUAUGACAUUGCAGUUUCAACAGCUUGUGGGCCUUUGGAUAACAUCGUUGUUGAUACUGUAGCGACUGCGGAAGCAUGCAUAAAAUUUCUUCGACAGAAUGAUAUAGGGCGUGCAACAUUUAUAGCACUAGAAAAACAGCAACAUUUAUUAUCGCGAUGUAAACAAAAAAUACAAACGCCGGAGAAUGUUCCAAGACUUUUUGAUCUUAUACGUGUUGAAGAUGAGCGGGUAUUACCUGCAUUUUAUUAUGGAUUGCAUGAUACAUUGGUAGCAAAUGAUUUAGAUCAAGCAACGCGUAUUGCAUAUGGUAAUAAACGUUUUAGAGUAGUUACAUUGAAAGGUGAAUUAAUCGAAUUAUCAGGUACGAUGAGUGGUGGUGGUACCACAGUACUAAGGGGUAGAAUGGGGCAAAAGGUGUUGAGGAACGAACUGUCUCUGGUAGACAUUGAAAGUUUGCAGUCAGAGUUAGAUAAAACAUACGAAGAGUGCAAUCAACUUAGAGUUAAACAUCAAUCUUUAGAAAAUCAGGUUCAUACACUAAGCAUAACUUUAAAAGAUAUAAAAGUUAAUAAAGAAAAGUUAUAUAUCCAAGUUAAGACAUUGCAAGAACAAGAACCGUCAUUACGAAAACAGUUGAAAGUCCAAGAACAAAAAGUCAAAGAUUCAAUAUCAGAUCCGAAAAAGAUUGAGCAAUUAAAGAAACAAUUGAACGUUGCAGAAAAAUCUCUAGAGACAGUAAACGAAAAGUCAAAGCUUAUUGAAAAUAAAGUUGUGUGCCUUAAUAAAGAAAUAGAAGCAUUGUCAGGAUCUCGUGUAAAAGAUCAACAGAAGAAGAUAUCCAAUUUAUGCAAAUCAAUUGAUAAAGCUAAAGCUGAAAUUUGCAGAUUGCAAGUUGCAAUGAAAACUGCUGAAAGGAACGUGAAAAAGGUCGAGCAACACAUAGAUAGCCUCGAAAAUGAUGUGCAUACUUGUGAGCAAAGACUUCGAGAUAUUCAGGUGGAAAAGCAGGAGUUAGAAGUAAAAGGAAAAGAAAUAUUGGAAAAACUUAGAAAACUUUCAGAAGAUCUUUUGGAAAAGGAUGAAAUUAUGCCUUCUCUUAAAGAAGAAUUAGACGCUCUUCAAACCCGAGAGAACAAAAUAAAAGCAGUUAAAAUUGAUCUUGAUCAGAAACUAAAGGAGUCUACUAACGCAAUAAAAGAAUUAAAGCAACAAUUUUCAGAUUAUACCACAAGAAUAGCUCAUUUAAAACUUCAAGCAAUACCUGGUAAAAAUACUGAAGAAUUAAAAGAAUUAAUGGAAGAAGAACUUAAUAAAUUAGAUAAGAAUACUCUUUUAACAAAUUUACAAAAAACAAAGAAAAGAUUACCCACAGAAAUUCCGAAUAUGCAACUUAUCGAAGAGUAUAAGCAGAAAAAUGCAUUAUGGUUACAACGUGCCGCGGAUUUAGAAAAAUUAACAGCAGAGCGUAACCGAAUACGGGAUAUUUACGACAAAGUAAGACGUCGUAGAAUACAGGAGUUUCUUGAAGGUUUUACCGUAAUUACGGACAAGUUAAGGGAACUGUAUCAAAUGAUUACAUUAGGAGGUGAUGCUGAGUUGGAGUUGGUGGAUUCUUUGGAUCCUUUCAGUGAAGGAAUUACAUUUAGCGUAAGACCACCCAAGAAAUCUUGGAAAAAUAUUUGUAAUCUUAGUGGUGGUGAAAAGACCUUGAGCUCUUUAGCUCUCAUAUUUGCGUUACAUCAUUAUAAACCAACUCCUUUGUAUUUUAUGGACGAAAUUGAUGCUGCUUUGGACUUUAAAAACGUUUCAAUUAUAGGAAAUUAUAUAAAGGAAAGGACAAAAAAUGCACAAUUUAUAAUUAUAUCCUUAAGAUCGAAUAUGUUUGAACUCGCGGAUCACCUUAUUGGAAUAUAUAAAACUUAUAAUUGUACAAAGAGUAUUACUGUUGACGUAAGGAAAUAUUGUGAAAAGAAUGGUAUUCCUUUACCAACACAAAUUACUUCUAAAAAUAGUUGUUUAUCUCAGAUACAAAAAUCCUCUACCCAAAAUCAGCAAAAGGACACAUGUGUAACACAGAAUAAAAAUAAUGUUCAAAUUGCAGACGAGAACGUAGAAAAUGAAAAUACUUCAGUAACCUUACCUGAUCUAGGACUAUGUACAACACCAAAAAAGACACCUUUAUGAAGUAAUUGUUCUGAUACGACUAGUGUAAUAGACUCAUAUGAACAAAAUAACUGCAGAAAACCUUUGAAAAAGAAACGUAAAAUAUAGAGCAUAAAUGGAGUGAAAGUUUGGUUCAAUGUUUGUUAUAUGCAAUUUAUCUUAAAACUGCAUUUACGUUCACAAGAUAGAUACUUGUAAGAGCGUAUAAUUUAAAUUUAAUAUAUAAGUUAUAGAGAUUAUUGAAAAAUGAUAGAUUAUGAUAUAAUUAAAUGUCAGAGAUAUGAAUUUAUUUUAUACUUACUGGUAAAAUGUUGAAAUGUUUUUUUCACUGACAUUAAUUGUAUUAAUAAAUCGAGAAGGACUAAAUUCAUAACAUGUAAAAUAAAUGAAACAAUCAUUUGUAAUUUUGUAUUAAAAAACAUAAAAUCACCUUAUAUGAAGUAAGUACAAGUAAUUUAGAGAUCCUUUGAAAACGCUGUAAAUAAAACUAUUUUUGUACAAAUUAUACAUGUAUAUGUUAAGGAGAGUAAUACAGAUCUUAAAUCUGUUCUUAUUUUCGUAUAUAAAACACUAUGUAAUCUCUAUUUGUAUAAGAUUUAAUAGUUCUGAAAGACAACCGAUAUCUUCAAUUUUUGGGAAUUAUCAACCGAUGAUAUAUCCCUAUCGAAAUAUUAUAUCGUGUAAUCGUUGUCAACUAUCAAGUGGAGUCCAGCUGGUAAAUUUUUCUUGUAUCAAAUUCAGAGAAUAGUUUUUACAUUUUUAAAGAUGAUGUAAUAAAUUAAUAUACAUUUCUAUCUGUUCAAUAACUUAAUUCAUCAAGAGGGAAACACUGUUUAAAUUAGAUUAUAUAACAAUAAUAAAAAUGAGCCCGGCGAUCUCUGUAUGUAUUGUGCAAAAGUCUAAGGCUACUUUUAAAAUUACCGCAAGUUUUUCUAUCAUUAUCAUAUUGUUACGUUCUUUGAAUUCGUUUCUGCAAAAUGAAAGAUAUUAAAUGCAUAAAAUAUUAGUGCGUGAAUCUUCGUAACCUUGAGUAAUGAUAAACGAGUAUUGAUGGGGUUCAGAAAAGGCGACAGAAUUUCGGAAAAACCCGAUACUUCAUUCAUACAUGAACAUAUUAUUUUACUUCUCCUUCCAUCACAAUAUAAAUACGUUGUUAAACAGUAGGAAGCUAAUUACGAAGGAGUGAGAUACAUUUACAAGAAAAGGAGAGAAGGACGUAUGUGGGAGUCGGUGGGGCGCGUGAUAUAGGUAACAUCGAGUAACAGAUUAGAAUUUGAACAGUCUGUGUAUGACAGUGUUAGAAAUGACAACCAUGAAUAAUGAGGCUGCAAAAAAUGUCUUCGAAAUGGAAUCAACAAAACUGUCAGGUAUACUUGGAAUCAGGCAUCUACAGAUUUUCUUAUGCUUCUGGGGGAUGGUCAUCGGAUACUGUCUU